GAUAUUCAAGGAACGCUGAACCAUGAACAUGUGUUAGCAAGAGACAUGGUGAAAGAGAUGGAGCAUGAGUGGUGCGGGCCGAUCAAGAUGGUUAAUACGCCUGUGAAGUACAGCGAGAGUAAACCGAGUAUUCGGAGCGUGCCGCCGAUGUUGGGACAGCACACUGAUGAGAUUUUGCGGGAUGUUUUGCGACUGAGUGGGAGUGAGAUAAAGAAGCUCAAAGCUGAGGGAGCUGUACGAUAGAUUUGAUAGAUCUAUAGAAGAAUGAGAUUGUAUGUAUGGGAGGUCUGUGCCGGACCGAGUAAUGUUCAGCGACCUUCAAGCGGCGAGGCAGUUUUCCGGCCUAGCAUCGCUUCCCCCCUUUUCCCCUAUUAUACCAAAACAACCCGUGCCCACACCCUCACACAACGCACUACCCUCUCUAGUAUUAAAAAUCAGCCAUUGCACAAAAUCCCAAUACUUUCCUCUCUCUUUGCUGGAUCGGCGAUCUGGCGAAGGGCGGCGGCCAUAUCGAGGCAUGGCUUAGUCACCGGCUACAUCUUCGACACCCCACCUCAGUGGACGACCCACCAUGGCGAAUUUCCCGUUUCUCGAUCAAAUGUCAAGGGAAUUGAAAAUGCCUUCCAGAUAACCGCAUCUCGUCCCCGCAUCUGCAUCUGCACGUUUGCCGUCGAAAUGUCAGUCCGGGCCCCCCGCAUCGAAACGUUGAAUUACCGAACUGGUGGAUUCCAUCCCGUGCAUUUGAACGAUACUUUCAAGAAAGAGCGAUACACCGUCAUUCACAAGCUUGGACAUGGAGGGUUUGCCACCGUUUGGCUUGCGAGAGAUGAGAUUCGUCAGAGAUAUGUUGCGCUGAAGAUCCUGGCUGCCAGGCUUUCACGUGAUUGUCCUGAAGUUGAAAUCUUGAGGAGAUUGAGAAGCAGUAAGGAGAGCGUGGGCAAAGCUUUUGUGAUGAGUAUGCUGGAUCAUUUUUGGAUUGAUGGACCGAAUGGCCACCACCUUUGUGUUGUGAGUGAGGUAGGGGGCCCGAGUAUCAAGCAAUUCAAUGAAUGUCCUGGGUUGACGAGUGGGAGUCGACGGCUUAGGAGUGGGGUAGCGAGGAAAGUUGCGCUGCAAGCUACAGAAGGAUUAGCUUAUAUCCAUUCAACAGGGACGGUUCACGGAGAUUUCACAGCCGCGAACAUCCUCCUCCAACUUGCCAACAUCGAUGAAUGGACGGUCGAGCAAAUCCACGAGAGAUUGGGCAAGCCUCGGACCCAAGAUCUGCACCGGGCGGUAGAAGGAGUAGACAGUCUAUCUGGCCCUAGAUAUACGAUCAGUGCGAUCGAUAUGAAGCUGGUGGACCCUCAAUGGAUCUCCGAUCAGAUCAUGAUCAUCGACUUUGGCAUUGCGUUUCUCCAAGAACACUCCUCAGUGGACAUCGGAACCCCGAUAGCUUACUGCGCUCCCGAGUUCAAUUUUGGUAGUCCUAGGAGCGUAAAUUCGGACACUUGGGCCUUGGGGUGUACGAUCUUUGAAAUCCGGACAGGUGCAUCCCUGUUCAGGUUCAGAGGGGUUCCAACUCGAGACCAGGUUCUUGUGACGAUGGUACAGAUGCUUGGAAGGCUUCCGGAGAAAUGGUGGGUGGAAUGGGAGGACGGCCAUAACUGGUAUGAUAUCGAAGUUCAAGUGGGUGGGGAGAUGGCAGAAUCUGUGCAAGGAAAUCUGCAUCAUCAAAUUAUGCAGAUUGGAAUGCACGACGGAGAUAUCGCUUCUGAUCCGUCAUUGUACAAGAACCACGAUCUCAAGCACGAGACUGUCAUCGAAACCGAAAGCGAGCAAGUACCGACAGCAUCUCAGGCACAUCGAGAAAGUACCAAUCGACUGGUUGCACUUGUGGAGGAGCUCACGACGAGCGAAGCUGCCGACGUAAUCGAACAAAUCAACAAGCCUCCAAGCUCUAGCUCUAGCCAUGAGAAAUCAACAUCUGGGUCAUCAAACAAGAACAAUUCCGGAUCAGCGGUUGCCUCAGGUUCCUCGAAUGCCAAAAGUGGAGAGAAAAGCAUCGCGUCGGAAGGGAUCUCGACAGGUGUUCCUGCAAUUCCAGCAACGAGGGUUGACCCUCCUGCGGAAAGGCCAAUUUCUGACCCAGCACCUGAGAGCAUGGCCGUUCCCGUCACCCUUAGUAUUGCAGAGUUCCUCGAGCCUACAGGGACGACAAUCUCUCUCGUCGAAGCGAAUUGCCUGGAGAUGCUGCUGCGAGAAGCGUUGAUCUUUCUCCCCGAGGAAAGAGUAACUCCUGUGGAGCUUGCUAAACAGCUAUGGUUUCGUGGGGACUUCGAAAGUACAAGGCAAAGUCGAGAAUUAUUUGUGGAGGGCCUAGGGGUGUAGUUGUUGGACAACAUGUGUGAUCGAGGUGGAGGGGUUAUUGACUUCCGAGCACUAAAUUGCAGAAAGAUGAGGAAGCAGCAUAUGAUACCAUAUAUCAUAAAUCGAAAGGCGUUGAGUGGAAUUUUUCGUAUGGAUUUUGGAGUUACGGCGAGGAAUUCUUUGACAUGGACUGCGAUCCGUGACUGAGCUUGGGGAAUCAAUAAGCGCUCGGGAAAAUGGGUGGCAGUGGCUGAACCGAGAUUUUUAUGUAUGCAGCGAGAAAUACAUAUCAUUAUGCAUCCAAAUACAAGUCAGAGAGGUGUGCGUGUGGGUUCGCG